AUGUUGGACCUGAACGAGCUGCGAGAAAGGUACGAGUUCGUCAGAGUUACCGAAGACAACAAGGACAAGAUAAUCGAGGAUCUUUUCUCUCAGGUACAAAGCCUUCAAGAAGCACUUCAGCACGAGAAGAACGAGUCCGAGGACCAGAAGAAGCUAGUCCGGGUUUACAGAGAAGAUGUGAAGAGAUGUAUGAGCCAGUUGAAAGAGAAGGAUGGCAAGCAAGCGAGGUUGAGCUUCGGAUUAGUACUGGUCGAUGGCGAUCAUAUGAACUUCAUGGACGAGUUGGUUCAAGGGGGACAGAAGGGGGGUCGCUCUGCUGCUAAAGCUCUCAUCGAGGCGGCCCGAGAUCAUGUCCGAAAGAUAAAACCGGAUAGUGAUCCGAACAUCCAAUUCAAGAUUCGGGUGUACGCAAAUGUGGCUGGUCUAGCAAAAACGUAUUCCGAUACUGGCAUUCUGAGCUCAGCGGAUAUCCUGGGAUACUUUAUACAAGGUUUCAACAUGCAUAAUACUCUGUGUGACUUUGUGGAUGCAGGUAAUGGGAAGGAAUGUUCUGAUGUGAAGCGCAUUUUGAGCACUAUCUUCACGAUGUCCAUUGCCAACACAUCAUUUUCUGUGGAUCUGCAGAUAAUGGCUAUGCCCGGGUACUGGGACCCCAUUGCGGAUCGACCCAUAUUUCACUUGUAG